UUCGAGUUUCGUCAUGGGUCGUGGAGAGAAGGGUCUCGUAGAUCUGGAACGAAUGAUGACCUUGCUGGUGGCCCUGUUGCCUUGGGCAUGUGCUUCUUGUCUCCUGUACCAAACUUUACUCUGUUACACGCACACACACAGCUCAGGUGUAAAUUGUUGAGUGUCAGAAUUUCUUUGUCCUACUCGAACAAGGAUUGUCUCGACAGACACAUUCAAUCGUUUCAGACUCCCCGCGGCCUUAAGCUACCAAUAGGUCCGCCCCUCUAUUGUCGCUCCAACUUCUCUUGCAUACACUCGCUAUUGUUUUGAUGCUGCAAGCCACCUGCGCCUGAUCAUCAGCGCACAUCAUUUCUUGAACAUUUCACACAGCACAUUCGCCGGCCAUGGACGUGCCGACACGGACAAUCGACCUGCUCGCUCGGCAAAAGACGCAAAGCAGUCUUGACGCCUUUGUUUCGCUGCUAUCAAAUCCCUUCGCACAGUCGAUCGAGAAGAACGCUUUCUGGUCCGCCUUGGGUACUUCAAUCGGAGGCUCUGCCUUGAUUGCCUGUCUUUUCUGUUUCGCUCGCCCAUACAACAGCGUCGUCUACGCUCCUCGCUCCCGCCAUGCGGAUGUCAAACACGCCCCACCGCCGGUCGGUAAGGGUGUACUCGACUGGGUCUCGCCUGUUAUCAAGACAAAAGAGCAGGAGUUGGUCGAAAAGGUCGGCCUCGACGCCACCAUCUUUCUGCGUUUCGCAAACAUGUGUAGAAACAUCUUCACCUGCAUCACCAUCGUGGGCCUUGCUAUUCUUGUCCCCAUCAACCUAUACGAGCACCGCAGCUCCAAUGCCAGCACAGACGCAAAGAACUUCUUCAUCCAGUUGACGUCACAGGGUGUCCAAGGCCGUUAUCUUUGGGGCUACGUCCUACUGGCCUGGUUGGCAAACUUGUGUAUCGCUUUCUUUCUCUGGCGCAACUACAAGAGUGUCGCUAGAUUGCGCAGAGCUUACUUCGACAGUCCGGAUUAUCAAAAGAGCUUGCACUCCCGAACUCUGCUCGUGACCGAAAUUCCAAGAGGCCUUCGAACCGAUGAAGGUCUUGUCAGGAUUGUCACCGAAGCAAAGGACACCGGCUCGAACCCACGUACCGCCAUCGCACGCAACGUCAAAGAUCUGCCCGAUCUCAUCGAGGAGCACAACGAGACGGUCAGGAAUCUCGAGCAAGUACUCGCCAAGUAUUUGUCAAACCCCAUCAAACUGCCAGCAAAACGACCUACGUGCUCUGUCAACAAAUCAGACCAGACUUAUCGCAAGGGCCAAAAAGUUGACGCUAUCGAGUAUCUGACUGCACGCAUCAGAGAGCUCGAGCUACAAAUCAAGGAAGUCAGAGAAUCCAUUGAUAAGAGAAAUGCCAUGUCAUACGGGUUCGCUAGUUAUGAGUCUAUCGCCGAUGCUCAUACUGUCGCAUACAAGACACGCAAGAAGGGCCCACAAAAAACAUCAAUCCGUUUGGCUCCCAGGCCCCACGAUAUUAUCUGGAAGAACUUGCCCAUGACGAGUAAACAGAGAGGUUGGCAGACUUUUAUUAACAACAUCUGGGUCGCUGUCCUCACCGUCGUCUGGAUUGCACCCAACGCUCUCAUCGCCAUUUUCCUGUCUAACUUGUCAAAUUUAGCCCUUGUCUGGCCGGCUUUUGCGACACAACUAGCUAAAAAUCCGAAAACAUGGUCUGUCGUGCAGGGUGUGGCAGCGCCCGCUCUCACCUCUCUGUUCUACUAUUUUCUGCCUGCCAUCUUCAGAAGACUUAGCAACAGCGCAGGCGAUCUGUCAAAGACUAGCAGAGAACGCCACGUCAUGCACAAGCUUUACACUUUCUUCGUUUUUAACAAUUUGUUCCUAUUUUCGCUGUUCGCUGCCAUCUGGGGUUACAUUGCUGCCGUCAUCAGCAGGAGCCAUGAAGAGGACGCCUGGUCAGCUAUCAAGGAGGGUCAACUAUUGCAAAAGGGAAUUAGAGCACUCAACUCUGUCUCGACAUAUUGGAUUACAUGGUUGCUACAACGUAACCUCGGAGCAGCCGUCGAUCUAUCACAGUUUGUCAACCUGGCCUGGGGAUCGUUCUCGCGCCACUUUCUCAACCCCACUCCUCGCGAGAUGAUCGAGCUGAGUGCACCGCCGAAAUUCGAUUAUGCUGGAUACUACAACUACUUCCUGUUCUAUUCGACGGUUGCACUGUGCUUCGCCUAUGUACAGCCAUUGGUUCUGCCUGUCGCGGCCUUUUACUUCUGGGUUGAUUCUUACCUCAAGAAGUACUUGCUUUUGUAUGUCUUCAUAACCAAGACUGAAUCUGGAGGACAGUUCUGGAAGGUCCUGUUCAACCGAUACAUUUUCCUUACCAUUCUGUCCGACGUUUUGGUAGGUUUAGUAUGUGUCGGCAACACCACCUUUGGAUACACCGAAUGGCUGCCCAAGGUCUGCACUUUGGCCCCUCUGCCAAUUUUCAUGCUGGCCUUUAAGUGGUGGUGCGCUCAUCACUUCGACGACAAACUGACUUUCUACACCACCGGAUUGACGGCGGCGGAUACCGAGAACCCAGCAGAGCUCAAGACCAGACGUACAGACCGUGUUGGCGUCCGCUUUGGUCACCCUGUGCUCUACAAGCCACUCAUCACACCCAUGGUCUCGGCCAAAGCGAGGCAUUUGUUGCCAAGUAUCUACUCUGGCCGUACGGCGGAAGUGGAUGUGCCUCUGGCUGGCUACUCGGACGUGUACAUGGAUGCAAUGUCGCAUGAGGAACCCGGUAAAGUGGCUAAGGGUGAGGCAGCUGCACCCUUCGAAUUCGUGUCAGAAAAUCAGAUGGACUUUGAGUUCUACAAGAACCGUCCCGAGUUCAGGGACGAAGCGGGAGGUGAAGGCGAACUCUAUGGAAGACCUCAAGACAUGGUUCGCAGAGGAUCGCAUGGAACGUUGAUGACACAAGAUGGCACAGUUGUAACCGACUACGACAGCCGCAGAGGAUCGAGCGAGUCAUCAGCCACGAGAAACGGUGAUGAGGCGGGUACAACAUAUCCCAAGGGUUAUCACCAUGCGCCCUCGGCACUCCGCGACCAAAGUCCGGCUAGCAGCGUUCGCUCAAUGGAUAUCGGUAAUGCCGAUCGAUCACAUCUUUUGUCAGGAGCAGCGGGUAUGGGCAGCAGUGGAGUGCCAGCACCUACGCCCGGCGGCUACGGACCUUUACGACUAGGAGAAAUCCACACGCCUGGAAGCGAGCAGGAAGACACGAGUUAUGAUUAUUUCCGAAGAGGAAGGGGCCUCAACUGAGCACUGUAGGAUAAAAUUUGACGCAUAGAUUGGGUUGGGGAUUUGCAUGUAGAGAGAGACGACUCUAAUGGUCAGGAUCAAUAGACAUGAUAUAUCACAAAGCUGUCCCGCGACAGGACUACUCUUGAUCAGUUGCAUCUUUGCUUUCACGUGUUGAGUC